AUGGAGAGUGUGUACUCUGUGGACCCAGCACCGGACGGUGCUGUCCGCACCUCUCUGGAUGUGCUCAGCUUCCUGGACACCCUGGUGAACAGCACGGAGGAGCAAUGCUUCAGUGCCCGCUCCCGCAGCACCGUCCUGGAAGGGCUGCCAUUCGGUGGCGUGCCCACCGUGCUCGCCAUAAACUUCAUCAUUUGGCUGCUUCUCCUCCUGGUCUUCUCCUGCCUUCGGAAAGCAGCUUGGGACUAUGGGCGCCUGGCGCUGCUGAUGGACAAUGAUAGUUUGACGUCGCUUUUCUAUGGAGAGCAGAGCGAGAAGGAGAAGUCCCCGUCAGAGAGCAGCCCCCUGGACACCGACAACAAGGACGUGGGAUUCUGCUCCUGGCUCAUUUCUAUCUACCAGAUGAAGGACGAGGAGAUUCAAAGCAAGUGUGGGAUCGAUGCCACCACCUACCUCUCCUUCCAGCGGCACCUCCUGGUCCUGCUGAUGCUGGUCUGCGUGCUCUCCGUGGCCGUCAUCCUGCCCGUCAACUUCUCGGGGGACCUCCUGGGGCACAAUCCCACCCACUUCGGCCGGACAACCAUCGCCAACAUCCCAACACAGGACCGUCUGCUGUGGCUGCACAGCAUCUUCGCCCUCAUCUAUUUCAUCCUCACCAUCCUCUGCAUGGCUCACCACUCUGUCCACCUUGAAUACAGAGAGAAUGAGAAGGUCGCCCGGACGCUGAUGGUUACCCACAUCCCCAAGGAGAUCACAGACCCUUCCCUUAUCAUCAAGCAUUUCCACGAGGCUUAUCCCAGCUGCACCGUCACCAACGUCCAGUUCUGCUUCGACGUGCGCAAGCUGAUGAAGCUGGAUGCGGAGAGGCGCAAGGCAAUGAAGGGGCGGCUUUACUUCACCACCAAGGCACAGAAAGAGGGGAAGAUCAUGAUCAAAACCCACCCCUGUGCCCGCAUCUUCUGCUGCCACUUCUGUGGCUUUGAGCAGGAAGGAGGUGCAGGCAGGGCUGCCUACGGGGAGCUGGAGGAGAAGCUCACGGACGAGUUCAAUGCCGAGCGCAACCGCAUCACGCUCAAGCGGCUCAACAUGGCUUUCGUCACCUUCCAGGACGAGCGGAUGACGGCUGUGAUUUUGAAGGACUACAGCCACAUCCUCUGCCGCAAGCACCCCCAGCAGUCUUCUGUCACCACUGUGGUCAGGUCACACCAGUGGGGUGUUUGCUAUGCUCCUGCACCCAGCGAUAUCAUCUGGGAGAAUUUAUCGGUCCGUGGCACAUCCUGGUGGGUGCGAUUCAUCCUCCUUAAUAUCUGCCUCUUCAUCCUUCUGUUCUUCCUUACCACACCAGCCAUCAUCGUCAACACUGUGGACAUGUUCAACGUCACACAGCCUGUUGAGAGCCUCAAGAACCCCAUCAUCACCCAGUUCUUCCCCACGCUGCUGCUCUGGGCCUUCUCCGUCUUCCUGCCCUUCCUUGUCUACUACUCGGCGUUCUUCGAGUCACACUGGACGAGGUCGAGUGAAAAUCAGCUUACCAUGCACAAGUGCUUCUUCUUCCUGGUGUUCAUGGUCAUCAUCCUGCCCUCUCUGGGGCUGAGCAGCCUGGACCUUUUUUUCCGCUGGCUCUUUGACACCCACUUUCUGGAUGAGGCUGAUAUCAAGUUCCAGUGAAUAGCAGAGCUCCCAGGCGAGGGGGAGCUCCCGGACAACGGCGCUUUCUUUGUCAACUACGUGGUCACCUCCAGCCUGAUAGGGACAGCCAUGGAGCUGCUGCGCAUCCCGGGCCUCCUCGUCUACACCGCCCGCCUCUGCUUUGCCAAGUCCGAGCCCGAGCGGCUCCAUGUCAAGCGGAGCCAAGCCUACCAGUUUCAGUUUGGGCUGGAGUACGCCUGGACCUGUUGCAUCUUCUCCGUUGUCAUGACCUACAGCAUCACCUGCCCCAUUAUUGUCCCCUUUGGAUUGCUCUACAUGCUGCUCAAGCACAUGGUCGACCGGUACAACAUCUACUAUGUGUACAUCCCCACCAAGCUGAACCAGCGCCUCCACGUCGCUGCCAUCAGCCAGGUCGUGGUGGCCCCGAUCCUCUGCAUGUUCUGGCUGCUCUUCUUCUCCGUCCUGCGCCUCGGUCCCAUGCGCCCUGUCACACUCUUCACCUUCGUGGUCCUCCUCUCUUGCAUCAUCUUCUCCUUCUUUGGCCUCUGCCUGAAGAAGCUGCAGCAGCAGAAACCCUCCAGCUACCAGGGAGCCAAGGCUGCCAUGGCCCACGCAGCCGAACCGGGCACAGCGAGGAGCGAGCAGUGCCAGACCUGGCAGGUCUCAAGCAUGGCAAAUAGGUGCUCCGGAACAUAA